AUGAAUGCUGAGGACUUGCUCCUAUUCACCAUUUUGCAUUGCGCAGACUUGGCUGCUGUACGUCAUUGCCCUGGCCAGCCACCUCAUCUGGGAUUACCCACAAAAAAGCGUGUGUUCAAGUGUGUUGUGUGUAGCUAUGCUGCAAGAAAGAAAUCUACCCUGCAGAGACACCAAGUGACACAUACAGGCGAGCGCCCAUACAAAUGUGAGCAAUGCAGCAAAGCCUUCAACCGUAAAGGCAACUUGGCCACACACAUGCGCGUCCACACCGGCGAGAGACCUUACCAGUGCCACCUCUGUCCCUGGAAUUCUGCAUGGAAGCAUGUGCUUAUGCGCCAUUUGUUUACUCACAAGAUCAGAAACUUUUUGCCUGAUGACAUUCAAGGAGACAAAUCAAGCGCACUACUAUUCCAGGCUCGCACGGGGUCUCUGGCGACUCAACAACGACGUCAUGAACUCUUUGACUCCGAACCGUCGUGCCGCCUGUGUGGAGCAGCCGAAGAAACUGUCACCCACGUUCUACAGGACUGCCCGCGCCUGCACGAUAAACCCCGCACCUCACCAAGUCUGCCGGAACUCCUGGGCCUGUCGGGCCAAACAGAAGAAAACCAUUUCGAUAGGGUCAAUUACACCAAGGAUCUCCUGCUACGCUGGGAUCGUCUUAACAGAGAGGUCGCGACCACAUCGGCCAGGGAAACGCCCCACACACCCUCUUCUGCGGCCCCGCGCACCAACACUCCGCCGCCUUGUGGCAAUGGGUCAAAGCAGACUGACGAGAAGCUGGCAGGGCCAGUCAUGCUUCAAGACCCAAGUCGAGAACAGUGGUUGAGACAAAGCUUGGUUACUGCGCGCCGUCGCCCGGGUCGGCCACCUCGUCUGGGUGCCCAGAAGGGAAAACGCCUGUGGAAGUGUCAUGAGUGUGGCUAUACUACAACUCGCAGCUGUAAUAUGCCGAAGCACCAAAUAACACAUACGGGUGAGCGUCCAUACAAAUGCGACUACUGUGGCAAAGCCUUCAAUCAGAAGUGCAACCUGGUCUCACACCUUCGCAUCCACACUGGCGAGAGACCUUACCGGUGCCACCUCUGUCCCUGGGAUUCCGCAUGGAAGCAUGAGCUUACGCGCCACUUGGAAGCUCAUAAGGUUGGGAAGUAUUAGCCUGAGGGUGCUUCUAUGCGAGCUUUGACAGAAAAGGCUGAAAAGGCAUGUGAUGUGUGCAUCUCAUUCAAUUUUCCUCUGCGCUGUCGAGUGGUUUCCUGAAGGUUUUCAUGUGCGUGUUUCAUGUGUUUUUCGUGUUCGUUUCAUGCGUGUUUUCAGUAGCUUUAGUGGCGAGAUCCCUUCCGGCGUGAUGUGGUCAUCCCAUGCAAAAAUGCGCAAACUAGUCGUUCUACCUAAAGUUUUGAUGUCGUGUUUCACUCCGUGAGCACUAUGCACCUAAUUAGCUAGACAGUUCUCUUGAAGCUACUAAAAAUAUUUUGAUGCGAUUAGCGUUGAUGUUGAGAACAGCAGUGCUUCCCAGUCCAUUAGGGAAAGGUAGCACAGGAGCCCAUGCUCCUCUUGUAUUAGGAAAUGGUGUGUUCCCUUUCUCUUUUCUUUCUCUCCUAUUACAUGUCUUAUUUCUCUCGUCACCGCGGCAUCUCUCUUUCAUUUUUCUUCUGAGAGAAAAGUACACACACCGUCAGCUAGUAGCAAGAAGUGCAUCAGUGUGAGCAAAAUGAUUAAAAUGUCAGUGGGGAAGGGGGUGUACUAUUGCACUAAUUGCUAAGUUGUGAAAAUUACUUCGCCACAUACCAUGUCCACCUCUGAGCUUCUGGUAAUGCAGCAAAUACUGUAACGUAGACAUUGCCUUUCA